CUCUACCAGUCUCAUGACAUUCUUCCCCGCGCUGUCUUUAGUGCGCACUGACGGUAAUGAAAGCUCGUGUGUUGAGACGACGAAUAUAAUGAGUGUAAUAGAGAACAACACGGAGCAAUGCGGCAAUAGUCUAACCCGAGAGCUCACACAGAAUCCUUUAAAGAAAAUAUGGGUGCCAUCUUCCAAAAACGGCCUUCCAGAGAGACACAUUAGUCAAAGAAAGGUAUGCAUGACCAACUGCCCCACACUUAUAGUAACCGUGGGUCUCCCGGCCAGAGGAAAGACCUACAUCUCCAAGAAACUGACACGCUACCUCAACUGGAUUGAUGUUCCGACGAAAGAGUUUAACGUUGGGCAGUACAGACGUGAAUGUGUGAAGAUAUACAAAUCCUUUGAGUUCUUCAGGCCAGAUAAUGAAGAGGGGCUUAAAAUAAGGAAGCAGUGUGCACUGGCAGCUCUCAAUGACGUUCGGCAGUACCUCACAGAUGAGGGCGGCCAAGUGGCGGUUUUUGAUGCCACAAACACAACAAGAGAAAGAAGAGAGACAAUCAUCAGAUUUGCAGAGCAGAAUGGUUUCAAGGUUUUCUUUGUAGAAUCUGUGUGUGAAGACCCUGACGUUAUUGCAGAGAACAUUGUGCAAGUGAAGUUGGGCAGCCCAGACUACACACACUGUAACACAGAAGAGGCUGUAGCAGACUUUAUGAAGAGGAUAAAAUGUUAUGAAAACUCCUAUGAGCCACUGGAUGAGGAACUGGACCGGGACCUUUCGUUCAUAAAGAUCAUCGAUGUGGGAAGGCGGUACCUAGUAAACCGGGUUCAGGACCACAUACAGAGCCGAAUAGUUUACUACCUCAUGAACAUCCAUAUCACACCCCGCUCCAUCUACUUGUGCCGGCAUGGAGAGAGUGAUCUGAACGUCAAAGGUCGUAUCGGAGGAGAUUCGGGCCUUUCGGCAAGGGGAAAGCAGUUUGCCGACGCUUUGGGCCAGUUUAUCCAGUCGCAGAAUAUCAGUGAUUUGAAGGUGUGGACGAGUCAGAUGAAGAGGACCAUACAGACGGCAGAAGCUGUGCAUGUACCAUAUGAACAGUGGAAAGCUCUCAAUGAGAUAGAUGCCGGUGUUUGCGAGGAGCUCAUGUAUGAGGAGAUCCAGCUGAAGUUUCCUCUGGAGUUUGCAUUACGAGACCAGGACAAAUAUCGUUAUCGCUAUCCCAAAGGAGAGUCCUAUGAAGACUUGGUCCAGCGUCUGGAACCCGUGAUCAUGGAGUUAGAGCGGCAGGAAAACGUUUUGGUCAUCUGUCAUCAAGCCGUCAUGAGAUGCCUGCUGGCCUACUUUCUGGACAAGACUGCAGAGGAACUUCCUUAUCUGAAAUGCCCUCUACACACAGUAUUGAAGUUAACACCAGUGGCCUAUGGCUGUAAGGUGGAGUCAGUCUGUUUGAAAGUGGAGGCUGUUAAUACACACAGAGACAGACCUACGAACGUUAAUGUGCACCGUACUGCCGAGGACGCCCUACAGACCGUCCCGCCGCACCUCUGACCUACAACCACUUCGCCUUCUCACCGUUCACUACACCUGGGUCUCCGAUCCAAGCCUGGGAUUACCGUUUAAAGGUCAACCCUGCCUUCAGAUAGACUCCCGGUCAUGUUCUGCUCUGUCUUGUAAACCUGGAAUCAGUUGAAGUGUAAGAGAUCUACUGGUUGUGUAUAUAGUAUGUGGUUUCUCACUCUAUUUUUUGAAAGAGCCAUUAUCAGUUUACAUGGCAUGAGAUACACGGAGCCCGGGAGAUUUUGUUUGCACUUAAGGGGUGUGGGAAAAAUGUGUUCCAGAUGGAUGUUGAAUUAAAUACUAUGGUUCUUAUGUAUGAGAUAUGUCAAUCAUACCUAUGGGAUCUGCAGGUAUGUAUUUGUGCUCUCAUUUAGUCAAAUCUAACAGGAAAUCUCUCUGUUAUUUUGAGGGAUGGAUGACAAAAAUGUUGCUUGUUUGUGUGUGUACAUACAGUACAAAUCAAAGAAAAGCACUCAUUGCGUGUCAAAGAAUUGUAUUUAGUUCAACUCCCUCUAAUGAUGGAGCAUCUUUAUCUUAAUGUUUUAUAUGUUUUACGAGUUUAAAAAUAAACGUUGAUAUUUAAAUCAGACACUGAUUAUUAUUUUAAAUCAACACUGACAGUUGCUCAAGCAAGUAUUUUUAAAACCUUUCAAUUUUAUUCAGAGUAAUUUUGCAGAAUAUACUGACUUUCCAACAGUGAUUUUUUUUUUUUUUUUUCUGAAAAAUGUAAGUGCUUGUGAGAAACAACAUAAGCUGUUUGUUACAUUAACAAAUUUGGGAACAAGAUAAAAAUCUCAGUAUUUGUAUUCAUAAUGUUAACCAUCAAUUUCCACAAAAUAUAGUGCAAUCCGAGUCUGUAAUUCCUUUUGUUCAUCAAAACAUGUUUAGAUCGAUUGAAAUGUUGCCUCAAACCAUAUCCAAAGAGUGCUGUGAUAAUUACUUUUGAAACAGAUCUUGACUAUAUGAAUGAGAUUUUCUGGAGUAUGACUGGUUGUACUAUGAUUAUUUAGUGCCAGUAUCACACUAAAUAUAUAUAUAUAUAUUGAUGUAACAGUGCAUCAAUAGUAAAUUUUAAUUUAUUGGAUGUAUUAAUACUUACAAAUAUAUAAAGAUAUGGUUUGAUGUAAUGGUGCAUCAAUAGUAAAUUUGAAUUAAUUAAAUGAAGUGUCUGUGUAUCCAAAUAAAUGUUGAUUCGAGAUAACAAAGAGACGAAUAUUGUAUAGCUAGCAGCAUCUUGGGUAAAUAAUCUAUUUGAUGUCAAAUUACAUGGAUUUUUUUUGUUGAAACAUUGGAAAAACAAUAUUGUGUGUGUUUGAAUUGUAUCUGCUCAUUGAAUAAACAUUUUGUGGUGA